UUACAUAUACCGACGUGUAGUUCAAUGAAGGGAACAGCACCAAUAACGGGUAAGCAGUUGGUUUUAUGAGUGGCGAUUCGUUGUCCAUUGGUUCAAGAUUUCCAUAGCCAAUCAAGAAGGGACCACUGUUGCUUGUAUCCAAUAUUUAAACCAACUCAAAUGGAACAAUUCCAAGUAACAACAACAACAGCUGCUUCUCCACAAGAUACUGUUGUUACUGUUCCUGUUUCUGCCACUUCAGGGAAUGGUGAACAGGUAACUGUGAUGCAAAAUCUUCAACCUGUUCAAGUAACUGGAACACCUCAAGCUCAGGUAAUUCAAGUUCCACCAGGUUCUGCACAAGCACAGCUUGUUUCAGGUCAACAAAUUAUGGUGCAAGCUAUUCCCCAAGCUCAAACAAUACAGUUACAGGGCCAACCAGAUCAACAAAUUCAGCAGGUAUCAAACAUAAUAUUACAACAACCACCUCAGGGACAAUUUAUCCAGACAGCUGAUGGACAAACAAUUGUGUAUCAACCUGUUACAGUAGAUGGAACGAGUUUUGUUCCUGCACAAGGUGGGAUAAUACAAUUACCUGCUGCAUCAGUUGCAACUGUUGCCCCUCAGGUUGUGCAAACAACCACAGCAACAGCAACUACUACUACUGCUACUCCUCAAGCAAUUACUAUUCCUUCAUCUAUGGGAAUGGCAGCUGGAAAUAUUGUAAUGGUUGUUCCUGGUGGAGGGGGAGGCUUACAAGCUGUUCAGAGAAUACCUCUUCCAGGUGCUGAAUUGCUGGAAGAAGAACCACUUUAUGUUAAUGCCAAACAGUAUCAUAGGAUUUUGAAAAGGAGACAGGCUAGAGCUAAAUUAGAAGCUGAAGGCCGUAUACUGAAAGAAAGGAGAAAAUACUUACACGAGUCUCGUCACAAACAUGCUAUGAAUAGGAUAAGAGGUGAAGGUGGACGUUUCCAUUCUGGUUCGGUAAAGAAACCGGAUCCCGCCAGUAAUGAUGAUAGCAACAGUUCAACUAGUAGUAGCAUUAGCAUAAAGACCGGCAGUCUUGACUCACCUACUACAAAUAAAAGUAUCAUAGCUGCAUCUACUGGUAUCUGUUCGUAACAUUAUCCACAUAAUAAAAAUUACUUUAAGGAAGCUAAUGUGGUUUAAGUGCAGGGUCGAGUGCACAAGAACUGCAGGACGUAUUCCACUCGAUGUGUUCAGCUUUUAUACGAAUAAAUGGCAGCAAACGUUCAAAGAAAGACAUUAAUUUUGACUGCAGUGUUUUCAUCGUCAUCCACUAACCUAGAGGAAUGCAGUCACUUGAACUAACGAACAAUUAAAGGAAUGUCUUUCAUAAAAGAUAGGAACAGUGUUUGUGAUUUACAUAGCAGCAAAUUUUAAGAGAGGCUGUUUUAAUUGAGAGAGAGAGAACAUAGUCAAAAUUGUGUAAUAAAAAUCUAUAGUUAAUGAUUUUUAGGAAUGUUUUGCAACAAGGAUUUGAGAUGAAGUUGAAAAAAAUCUAAUCUAAUCUGCUGUGUGAUACGAACCCAUACAUCUGUUUUAAGAGAGUCAGAAUAAUUUCAAAUUUUUAACGAUGGCCAAAGUGAUUUUAUAUACAUAUAUAUAUAUAAAAAGAAAAAACCUUUAUAAAUUUAUGCACUCUUUUAAGAAAUAUAUAAUUUAUUUAAGAAAGGAUUUAGCUUUCUGUUAAAAUUUUUUUUAAUAUAUUAUUACAGUAUGAAAUUAAUAAUUGUACAAAAUUAGCAAUGUUCAAAUCUGAUUAAAAAAAAACAAACAUAUUUUCCUAACUCACUAAUCAGAUGCCAUUAUUUGAAAUCACUAAUAAUUUUUGCAGCAUAAAAUUUUGGAUAUUUAUUAGGCUCUUAGACAAAAAGAAAACAAAAAAAUAAAAAAUACUUUUGAUAAUUAUAAUAUUUAUUAAUAUCAAUAAAAAGAGAAAACUUUCUUCAGAUUUUUCUAAUUGCGUAAGCAAUCCAGCAUACAAAAUCCGAAUCAUUCUCCAUUCCAUCUAUCCAUAAUAGGCUAGAUUCUGACGGGUUUAAAAAAAAAGACGUAGUUACUGUAUGUUUUAAAGUCUAUAAACGUUUUAUAGUGGAUAUUUUAAAGUAUUUUCAAUCGAAAGACUGCAAUAUGAUCAUGUGCAAUCAUUACAUUUAAGUUUUAAUUUUAUAGUUAUUUAUGAUCUUAACAUAUCGUUAUAAAUAGAUAUUUAUGAUUUUCGAAUUUGUAAAUGUUUUAAGGAAUUGUGCAGGAUUUUCGUUUUUUGCAUUCCUUUUAAUUAAUCGGUAAUACCCGAAAAGGCAUUUUACUAACCUCCUCCAUCCCAGAGCAUAAAGCAAAAUAAGAAUUGUAAGAAAACCAGUCAUAGUUAUUGUCAUUUUUAAAUUUGGUUUGUUUCCUGGGGUCAGAGGAGGUUAAAAUGGCGAGCUUUAAAACAUCUUUGUUUUUUCAAAUAGAACAGUUAAGGUUUCCUCUACAGGUUGUGUUCCAUUCAAUUAAGGUUUUUACUUAAGAUUUUGGCUUUUAAAAUAGUACGGAGUCUUCCAUGUACAAAUGUUAGAGAUUUUCAGUCGAGAGAGAGCUUUUUGAUUUAAUCGAAACAAAGCAAUUGCGUUAAAUAUUAGGAAAUUUAAAGCUUGUUCUCGCUAUCUAACCAAACUAAUGCAAUGCUUUUAUUCAAUUGUGAUAUAUUUAGAGAAAAAUCUGGUUCAAUAUUAUAGAUAAAAAUUAUCUAUGGGUUUAUGUAAUAUAUAAUAUAUAUAUAUUUGUUAAUGUAUCGUUAAAAGUAAUUUUUUUGGCUUCGAAUUGUCAGUUUACUCCAGAGUUGUCUCCUGGUUCUUUGUAUAAAGUUUGUAAAAAAAAAAAUAAUAAUAAUAAUUUGUGAAUUUUGUUUAAUUUGAUAUUGAAUGUUUGUAAACAAAUUUUGAUGCAGUAAACUUGCUUCACUGCCAUUUGUUUCCCUGAAAAAGAAAAAUCGGUUAAUGGUUAUAACCAAAUUUAUUUAUAAGAAUUCAACGAAUAAAUGUUUCUUUUGUAUGUUUGCUAUUGUAAAGUUGUUCUAUUGUUUUUAUCUUGUUUGCCGAAUAAUCUAACACUGUUGUACAAUGAAGAAGCAAAAUUAUAAAUAAUGUACAUAUGUAA